ACCCUCUCCAACAACUCUCUGCCUUUCUUGUACUGGGGAAGGACUUUGCUCUCGUGCUUCCUGAGAUGGUGAGGAAGGGGACACAGAUCCCAGGUCUGCCCCAAGCCAAGGCUGCUCACACCAGGUUCCCUCUCAUGUGUGGACCCAGAGGACUAGACCACAAUGAGAGAGUUAUUGCUGCAUCAUAUCCACCGCUCAGCCCUAUUGCGUGGAGUUACAUCUCUGCCAAAUAUUGAGAAACACCUGAAUCCCUGUGAUAGUGAUCUUGAUUUCCAUCAGGUUCCUCUGCCCAAGCAGAUCCAUUCUAUCCAUUCUCUGGUCAUUUAUAAAAGUCAAUGGUUUUCUUUUGAAUUUGGUAUUGAUAGCAGGGCUGGGGGGGCAGAGUGCUGCCAGCAGAACUAGGUGUUGGGCGGAGGAGCCAGCAGGCGUGCAGUGCAGUGAGCCAUGGUGCGGUGAGCAGGAGGCCCUCCCCACAGCCCUCCUCUCUGCUCACACUCCCUAUAAGUAGCAGGAUGCCAGCGCUGCCCUCAGCAGCACCCAGCUCCUCUCCUCCAGCUCUCUCCAGCCUCGCUCACAGCCCAGCUCGCCUCCAGCCAUGAGGUUCCUCUGCCUCGUCUUCGCUGUCCUCCUGCUGGUCUCCCUGGCCGCCCCAGGCUAUGGGCAGGUCCUGAAGUACUGCCCGAAGAUCGGCUACUGCUCCAGCAAGUGCUCCAAGGCAGAGGUCUGGGCCUACUCCUCCGACUGCAAGGUGCACUGCUGCGUGCCUGCCAACCGGAAGUGGAAAUAAGGGCUGAGGAGGAGCCCCUGGGGGAGAGGAGGCACGGUGGUGGCUUUGGGAGCAGCUUCUCCAUGCUCUGACCCACGUGUCAUCCCCUCUGCUCAAUAAAGAG